GAGAGAGAGAGAGAGAGAGAGAGAGAGACAAAGGUGAAAUACAGAAGAAAGCAAAAGAAGAACAAACUGGGACUUGUUAUUGUGUGUAGUUGCUGCUGCUGCUGCUGCUCUUGUAAGAGUUUGGAAGUUAGAGAUGAUGAAAGAAUAGCAUAGCACUAUUACUUAGUAUAAGAGACACUAGUUUUGUUUUCUUUCAUUCUUCUCUCUCUCUCUCUCUCUCUUCAUGCCAAAAACCGCAGCCCACUGAGAGAAUUGGUAAUCAUCAUGAAACCCCCUUUGCACCAGAAAAGCAAAUCCAACCAUCAAAACCUUCCCCACCUUAAAUUUACUUCUCUUAACACAUCACAUUUCUCAGUCAUUUCCACCACCAAAAUCCCAAAACCAUGAACAACCCUUUCUCCCUCUUCCUCCCAGUAGCAUUCAUCUCUCUAUUCUUGAUCCUUAUUGGAGCAUCGUCAUUAGUUGUCUCCACCACCACCGCGGUGGAGGUGGCAGCCGCCUCGUCUCCUCCUCUCCAACUUUUGUCGCUUCUUUCGAUAAAAUCGUCCCUCGAAGACCCUCUAAACACAUUCCAUGAUUGGGAUCCUACAACAGCAUUUUCCAGGCCCGGAUUCCAGCCCGUCUGGUGUUCAUGGCCCGGCGUAAAGUGCGACCGCAGAACAAACCAGGUUACGAGUUUGGACCUGUCGGGCCGUAAUCUUUCGGGCAGCAUACCGACUGAUAUCAGAUAUUUGUCCCAUCUGCAUCAUUUGAAUUUGAGCAAGAAUUCCUUUGUUGGCCCUUUACAGGCUGCUAUUUUUGAACUGCCGAACCUCAGAAUACUCGACAUCAAUCACAACUUUUUCAAUUCAAGUUUUUCACCUGGAAUCUCUAAGCUCAAGUCUCUCACGUUUCUUAACGCUUACAGCAACAGCUUCACGGGCCCGUUACCGGAAGAGCUCAUCUACCUCAGGAAUCUUGAGUACCUCAACCUCGGAGGCAGCUACUUUGAAGGAGAAAUUCCUUCAAGCUAUGGUAAAUUUUCCAAGUUGAAGUCUCUGUACUUGCAUGGGAAUUCUCUGACGGGCCGGAUUCCAGCUGAGUUAGGCUUCUUGAAUCAGCUCGAACAUAUGGAAUUGGGUUACAAUUCAUAUAACGGCGGACUGCCUGCUGAGUUUGCAAGCUUGUCAAAUUUAGUAUAUCUUGAUAUCUCAUCAGCAAAUCUGUCUGGAAAUCUUCCAGCUGAGUUGGGAAGAUUGAGGAAGCUGGAGAUACUGUUGCUCUUCAGAAACAAUUUAUCAGGGUCGAUUCCGGUGAAUUGGGUUCAGAUGGAAUCAAUACAGAUUCUUGAUUUAUCAGAUAAUAACCUGUCAGGUGAAAUUCCUGGUGAAUUCUCAGCUUUGAAGGAGCUAAACACAUUAUCCUUGAUGAACAAUAACUUGACAGGUGAAAUUCCAGAAGGAAUUGGUGAGCUUCCCAACUUGGAAGUCUUGUCUUUGUGGAACAAUUCCCUUUCAGGAAGUUUACCUCAAAAACUCGGCUCCAACGCUAAGUUACAACGUCUUGAUGUCUCUACAAAUUCCCUCACGGGCCCAAUUCCUCCGAAUCUUUGCCUCAGCAACAAGUUGAUCAAACUCAUGCUCUUCUCGAACCAAUUUGUGGGUGAGAUCCCUUCUUCCUUAGCAAAUUGCACGGCCUUGUCCCGUUUAAGGAUUCAAAACAACAGCCUCAACGGCACGAUACCGCUUGGAUUUGGCUCCUUGCCGAAUCUCACUUACUUUGAGUUAAGCAAGAACAGAUUAUCGGGUCCAAUACCGAAAGAUCUUGGAAAUGCAGUGAAGUUGGAGUUCUUGAAUAUAUCAGAAAAUCCAUUCAAUUCCGAGCUGCCUGAUAACAUUUGGAAUGCUCCGAGUAUACAGAUUUUCUCAGCAAGUUCUUCAAAUCUCAAUGGCAAGAUUCCAGAUUUCAUCGGUUGCAGAAGCUUUUACAAGAUUGAGCUAGACGGAAACAAUCUCAGUGGCAGCAUUCCAUGGGAUAUUGGCCACUGCGAGAAGCUGAUUUGCCUGAACUUACGCAGGAAUUCUCUGACAGGAAUCAUACCCUGGGAAAUUUCAGCACUCCCUUCCAUUACAGAUGUUGAUUUAUCGCACAACUUUCUCACAGGAGCCAUUCCUUCGAAUUUCAACAAUUGCAGCACUUUGGAGAACUUCAAUGUCUCAUACAAUCAGCUGACGGGCCCUGUACCCUCAUCGGGCUUAGUCUUUUCAAGUCUUCAUCCAUCUUCAUUCUCCGGGAAUGAAGGGCUUUGUGGCGCAAUUCUCAAUAAAACUUGCCGGACGGAAACGCCGGAAGCCGGGGCGAUGGACGUCCCACGGCAGCCCAAGAAGACCGCUGGGGCCAUUGUCUGGAUCAUGGCGGCAGCAUUUGGUAUCGGGCUUGUCAUUUUAAUCGCGGGCAGCCGAUGUUUCCGCGCCACAUACGGCCGUAAAUUCGCCACGGACCGGGAUGUCGGUCCAUGGAAGUUGACUGCAUUUCAAAGACUAAAUUUCACGGCUGACGAUGUGCUAGAGUGUCUCAAUAUGACCGAUAAGAUCAUCGGAAUGGGGUCCACAGGAACUGUAUAUAAGGCCGAGAUGCCCGGUGGCGAAAUCAUAGCGGUCAAGAAGCUAUGGGGGAAGCACAAGGACACAAUCAGGAAACGAAGAGGAGUCUUAGCCGAGGUCGAUGUCUUAGGCAAUGUUAGACAUCGUAACAUCGUGAGACUAUUAGGUUGUUGUAAUAACAACCAAUGCACGAUGCUGCUGUACGAGUACAUGCCUAACGGGAGCUUGGACGACUUAUUACAUGGCAAGAACAAGGGUGACAAUUUGGUGGCCGAUUGGGUAAUCAGGUACAAGAUUGCGCUAGGGGUAGCGCAAGGGAUAUGUUAUCUCCAUCACGACUGUGACCCAGUAAUCGUCCAUCGUGACCUGAAACCAAGUAACAUACUUCUGGAUGCUGAAAUGGAAGCACGUGUGGCCGAUUUUGGAGUCGCUAAGUUGAUACAAAGCGACGAGUCAAUGUCCGUUAUUGCUGGAUCCUAUGGCUACAUCGCCCCAGAAUAUGCGUACACAUUGCAAGUUGACGAGAAGAGUGACAUUUACAGUUAUGGGGUGGUGCUGAUGGAGAUCCUAACGGGGAAAAGGUCGGUUGACGCUGAAUUUGGAGAUGGGAACAGCAUUGUGGAUUGGGUGCGGUCGAGGAUUAAGACCAAGAAUGGUUUGAGUGAUGUGUUGGACAAAAAUGCUGGUGCGUCGUGUGCUUCAGUAAGGGAGGAGAUGAUGUUGCUCCUUAGGGUUGCCUUGCUUUGCACGAGCCGGAACCCUGCCGACCGGCCCUCGAUGAGAGAUGUUGUGUCGAUGUUGCAUGAGGCCAAGCCCAAGCGGAAGCUGCCCGGGACCGGUGGAGGGGCUGGCAGUGACGGUGUGGUUGAUGGUGGAGAUUUUCUCGAGCCACAAAAACCGGUGGUGGAAUGUUAAUAUAUUUGAAUUUCAGGGUUUAUCUUUUAUUUUUGAGUUGGUUUUGGGUUUUUAUUUUUCUUUUUCGGAAUUUUUAAGAUUAUGGGAAUUGGUAUAGAAGAAGUUGAUUUAACGUUUCGAUUUUAUUAAUGAAUUGUUCUAGUGUUUACAUAUUUA